UGUCCCCGCGAUAGCAACAAUGUAUCACACCUAUCAACGAAAGAGCAAAUGCAACAAUUCAAACUUUUAGUUGCUCUCUAUUCAUAGAUGUAGCGAGUCGUUGCCAUAUUGUUUUUCUUUCCUACAAAAUGUCUUUUCAGGAAUCAACUCGUCCCUCCGAUGAUGAUGAGGUUUUCUACACGCAAUGUCGAGCUGCUUAUCUUGCUGUGUUCCGAUCAAGUUUGUCUAAUAUCUCUUCAAAACAACAGUUGUGUCGGGUUCUCCAGCAGGCUGGUAGAAAUCCGUCCCACGCGAUUCUCAAUAAAUACUGGACUUCGGGAACAUCUAAGCUAAACUUUGAUGACUUCUGCGAGAUUCUGAAAUGUGAAAGGAAAACUGAGGAGGCUGAGCUAAUGAAUGCUUUCAGAAAACUGGAUGUAAACUGUGACGGCUACAUCACGCACAGCGUCCUGGAGAAGGCUCUAACAUCUAGCGGUGAGAAGAUGACAGCAGAGGAGAUAAAUGCUCUUUUUUCAUUGGCAGACAUUAACAAGGAUGGCAAACUGGAUUAUGCUGAGUUCUGCAGGCGGCUUGUGUCUACAGCAGAGCAGUGUCAAACAGCUGCUAAGGAGAAGCUAGAAGCUGACGCUAAGCUAAAGAGGCAGAACUUUGGCAGCCAUUUGUACAGCCCUCCUAAAAGCUCAUUGGCAUCAGCUUCAUCUGCAUCACCAGCUCAACAUGCGGAAUCAGACUCCACUGCCAAAAAAGACAGCCAGUCCUCCUUCCGUCCUCCUUCCGCUCGCAGCAGACGGUCGUCCCUGUCAAACUCAGUCACAAUGGCAUCCAGCAGCAGUAAGGCAGGCAAAGUUCAGGAACCGUCAGGGUUACAGGAUUGGCAUCACUGCUUUAUGAAAGGCUGCUUCUUUGUGGACGAUAACAGCAGCAUUAGCUCUUUGCAGUACCACCUUCAUCUUCCUCAGAAAACCAGUGUAUAUCUAACCAUCCAGCCGCUGAGCUUCAGCCACAGACCUGAUAAGCCUCCAGCAUGGAUGAACGUGGACACGGCUGUUUUUGUCAUGACAGCAGGUGAAACCAAAGAGGACUCGGCUUUAGUGUGUUUCACCGAAUCAAAAGACAAAGAAAAGUAUGUUUGGAAAGGAGAACUAAAUGCUGGGACUUACCGCCUGCUUCCCUUCACCAGUGGGUGCAGAUUAAAGAAACAAAACAAAAGUGACUUUUCGGAUAAAUCUGUCAAACUUGUCUACAAGACAGACACGGGAGAACUAGACCUCACCAGCGAGCUGAGGGAGGUGCUGUCUGAAAUCUUUGAGAUGAUUGACCUGGAUGGGAAUGGUUUGCUAAGCCUGGAUGAGUACAACCUGUUUGAGCUAAGGACCAGUGGGGAGAAGUGUGAUCAGGAUGCCUGGGCAGUGUGUAAAGAAAACUUUGAUAUGAGGAAAAACCAGCUGACCCGGCAGGGUUUUAUGGAGCUGAACCUGAUGGAGGCCACAGAGAAAGAUGGAGACCCCGCAGACCUAUGGGUCACACUGGAAUCUAUGGGUUACAAUCAUAUGCUGGAGUUAGUAGAGGCAUGUCCAUUCCAAAUAGAUGUGCACUGUGAAGGCACUCAGCCAUCCAUGCAACCACUUUCCUUGGACUCAGGCACCAAGCUUUUGAACCAAGCCCUCCAGAAAUCCAUCACCUCGAGGUUUGGGGCCAAAGCACUUCGAGGGCAUGACAACGUCUUCAUCUACACCUACAGAGGAGACCACCGGAUUUCCUCCCUCAUAGUCAACAAGGCAACUCAGAAAGUGACGGUUCAUGUAAACAAUGAGCAGAGCAGGAACUGCUGCAGCAGCAGAGGGAUGGCUACGUUUGCUGUUGAAGUUCCAGCCAGGACCAAAAUGGUGUGCCAACACGUGCUACCCAUUAAUGAAAAGCAGGAAUGGGUCUAUAACUGCGUGGAGACCAGUUUACCCAGCACAUAAAACUGAAACUACUGAACAUAUUGCAAUUAUAAGAAGGUUAUACGACAGAAAGACUCUCUGAAGCCUGUGUUGGAAGGUUCUACUUCUGGUAAUCUAUUUCAAUUCUGAAGAUUGUUGUAUUUCAUUUAAAAUUUAGCAAAGUUAAAUGACAUAUUUUAUCAUGUCAACUUACGCAUUGUUUGAGAAAACUGAGAACUUCUUUAAUGGUCACAUUCAUUAGCUCCAUUAGUAAGAAUCAUGCAACCUAUUACAACCACAAGGUAACAGUGAAUAAAAGACAGUUUUCCCUUUG